AUGGAAAUUCAAAAUGUUCACCAGAAAUUUCUUCAAUUGGCUGAUGAAGUAAUUGACUACAAAACACAACAUAUCACGUCAGAGCAGGUCAGCAGUAUUCCAGCAAUAAAGGUGAAUCCAUUUAAAGACCAAAUCUGUAAGGUGUUUAGUAGGAAUGAACAGGGAUUAUUUUCAUUUGAAGACUUCCUGGAAAUGAUCUCAACCUUUAGUGAAAAUGCAUCACUUGCUGUAAAAAUAGACUAUGCCUUUCGAAUAUAUGAUUUAAAUCAAAAUAACUACAUCGAUCAAGAAGACAUACGACAUAUCAUACUUCGCUUAACUAAUGGCUACAUGGAUGAAGCAGACAUAUUAACACUGACUCACUUUGAAGCAGGGUCAUGGGCCUUGCCUCAUGCAUAG